AUGGCAACCAUCAAGGCCAUCGAGGCCCGGACGGUCCACCAAAUUCAAUCAGGGCAGGUCAUCGUCGACCUUUGCUCCGUGGUGAAGGAACUGGUUGAGAAUAGUGUGGAUGCGGGAGCUACAAAUAUCGAGGUGCGUUUCAAGAACCAAGGGCUGGAUUCCAUUGAAGUUCAGGAUAAUGGCGGUGGCAUCGCUCCGGACAACUACGAAACACUGGCCUUGAAACACUAUACCUCAAAGCUCUCAACCUACGAGGACCUCGCUUCGCUUGAAACUUUUGGGUUUCGAGGAGAGGCUCUUUCGUCACUUUGUGCUCUUUCCAAAUUCUCUGUUCUCACUUGCCUGGCCUCGGAUGCUCCCAAGGGCACCAGACUCGAGUUUGAAAUAUCUGGGACACUUCGAGGGACGUCUGUCGUUGCAGCCCAGAAAGGCACCACAGUCGUCGUUGAGGACCUUUUCAACAAUUUGCCAGUCAGGCGGCGUGAGCUGCAGCGGAAUAUCAAGAGGGAGUGGAACAAAGUCAUCGGCUUACUUAACCAGUAUGCCUGCAUCUUGACCAGGGUUAAAUUCUCUGUUUCGCAGCAACCCAAUAAGGGCAAGAAGAUCAUUCUGUUCUCAACCAAAGGCAAUGCCACCACACGAGAAAAUAUCGUCAAUGUUUUCGGAGCCAAAACCCUGACGGUUCUCAUACCUCUUGAGCUGGAUCUCGAGCUGGAGCCUACUACAGCCCCGAGCCAGCGAUUGGUGACAAAAAAAGAAACGAAUACGAAAGAAGUCAAGAUCCGCGGUCAUGUGUCCAGGCCUGCCCACGGAGAAGGUCGACAGACCCCUGAUCGGCAGAUGUUCUUUGUUAAUGGGCGGCCUUGUGGGUUGCCUCAGUUUGCCAAAGUCUUCAACGAGGUCUACAAAUCUUACAACUCGUCUCAAUCGCCGUUCAUCUGUGCAGAUAUACAGUUAGACACGCACAUGUAUGAUGUCAACGUCAGCCCAGACAAGCGAACCAUCUUACUGCAUGAUCAAUCUCGACUACUCGAUAACCUUAGGGAGUCACUUAUCGCCCUGUUCGAGGUGCAGGAUUAUUCAGUCCCAGCAUCACAGCUCAAUGGCCCAAAACAGGCAGCUGCCAGAAAGCUAGCAGUAAACCGCCAGAAUACAGUGGAAAGUGAACCCAGAAGCAAUAGGAGUACUUCAAUGAACCCCAAAAACGAUGAUCACAAUGAUGAGGACGAGGUGGACACACCUACUGGCCAGAACCCAGAUGAAGACGAAACAGUGGGAGAUCAGCAGCAGAACCGCGGCACCUCUUAUUCAAACGCAGCGCAAUCCAGCGAAGGUCCAACUUUCAUCAGUCGGUGGCUGGACAAAAGAUCCACAGAUCGUCCACAGGGUCCUGGCGUACCAAAGCCAAUCGAUUCUACGACAUCUGACAUUACCCGAUCUAGUCAGAUAACCGAAGGCAAUAGCCUUGAUCACAAAUUUCCCGAGAAGACAAGUCUGUUAUCACCACAAAGAGCAGGCUUUGUAGCUCGCCUCGAUGAGCUGAGUCGAAAUAAAGCAAGUACCGAAACCGUGGAUAUCGAUCACGAAAAUCAGGCAACACCUGAGUCUCCCAUUCCAAGUGUUGGCAGACCCUCUCGAACAUCCGAGAUCAAAAACGUGCAAUGGAGCCCAAGAAGAUUUAAACGUACCGCACCUGAAAUUGCUACAAUUACGAUAGAUGGUGAAACCGUUACUAGUAUCAUAGGCUCGCCUGCGAAAAAGGUCCGAACUGAAAGGUCCAACCCAGGGAAGUCACACGAGGAUCAAAGUACUGCGCAAAAAGCCGCGCAAAUGCCGUCCUUCAAGGGUCGCUUGACGCAAAUGUUCUCGGCAUCAAGCUCCUCUCACGCCUGCUCUGAAGGUAUCGGGCUAAUGCCUAGUCUUGGGGAAAGCCCGAGGAGGUCCAGAUCACCAAGCACUGCCAGUGCAGCAAGUGAAGGCCUAUUUGUAGAGAGUGACAAAGAUGCAGACGAAGAGCCUGCUUCCCCCAUCAGCGAAGCGAAGUCAGGACAGAUUGAGACGCAUGCUUCAGGCAUUGGCAGAGGCACGCCUGCCCACUCAGCUAUAAGUCGUGAGACUGACAGCGCCGAUGCGUAUGAGCUCGAGUUGUCCAACUCAAAUCUUCCUGUUCGGAGCGAGCAGGAAUUUGCGGAUGAAGCCGAGCAAAAGGCACAAGAGGAAGACAGAGUUCGUGACAUGAUCGACAGUGCAGAGGAUGUGGCAAAGAUCACUGCUGAAGAGUCACAAAAACGGCAGCAGACUUUUGUCAAAGGCAUGACGAGACGGAAGGAUGCCACAUGCCAAUUUAUGCAGAAAGUUCGCACCAAUACCGACACGAUCGCUGCAGCUCUUUCCUCACUCGAUGAAUAUUCUUCGCAUACCACACUUGGUGCAGAUGCAGACUUUUCGAAGAAUGAUAUCUCAGGUGAAGAUGCGGAGGAGAAGCUUUCUUUGACCAUUUCAAAGUCUGAUUUUGACAAGAUGAAAAUAGUUGGUCAAUUUAAUCUCGGUUUCAUCCUGGCGAUUCGCUACGCGAGUAGGAAUACAGAUGAUGCAGAAGACUGGCAUGCUGUGGACGACGAACUGUUUAUUAUCGACCAGCACGCAACGGACGAAAAAUAUAACUUCGAGCGCUUGCAAGCAACCACAGUGGUACAAUCACAGAGGCUUGUACAGCCCAAAGCUCUCGAGCUUACCGCAAUUGAAGAAGAGGUCAUCAAGGAAAACAUUGAAGCACUGGAAAGCAAUGGUUUUCAAGUCAGUAUCGAUGAAAGUGGCUAUCAGCCAGUCGGAUCUCGUUGCCAGCUGCUUAGUUUGCCUCUGAGCCGGGAGACGACUUUUACGCUUGCAGAUCUCGAGGAGCUGAUCUCUCUCCUCACGGAUCAUCAAUCCACGUCUGUGAAUACCAUACCUCGUCCGUCAAAAGUACGCAAAAUGUUCGCCAUGCGUGCUUGCCGCAGCAGUGUCAUGAUUGGCAAAUCACUCUCAAACAAGCAGAUGGAAAAGCUUGUGAGACAUAUGGGAGAACUUGAUAAACCAUGGAACUGCCCGCAUGGUCGUCCUACCAUGAGGCAUCUCUGUGGACUUGGUGCUUGGAACGACUCGGUCUGGCAGGAGGGCGAUGGGCCCGAUGGAGAGCCAGGAACUUCAACGAAUUGGUCAGCGUAUCUUAAGGAGCAACGCACAUCAAAUCCUAACUGA